UAUUUCCUUCUCUACCAACAUAAAAAUCAAAACAAACCAAGUUCAAAACCCUCAACAAAUCCAAGUUCAACAAUUUCAAGAGAAACAAAUGAUUUUAUCUUAACAUGAUCAUUACUCUCUAUUUCUCUCUCAAUUCUGCAACGAAAAUCUGUUUUGAUAUUUCCCAAGAAUGUGCAAACCCAAUUAAGUCAUGAUCUGAUCAUCAUUCUUUCUCUCUGGUCACUCUCAAAACCAUAACAAAUUCAAUAAAUCCCAUUAACAAAACAAUAAAUUCAACAAUUUCAGGAGAAACUCAUAAUACCUUUUGGACAAGAUAAUUAGUUACUCCCCAAAGAUAUCAGCUAGAUUAUCAAGUUCUGCAGUGAUCAGCUAGCCAUGUUUAAACACGAUUUAUCCAUUAUCCUCACUAUUUUAUUCUCUCUUCUCAUCACCACCACCGCAAGGCCCGCAACUUUCUCAGCACCAUUACCCUCACCAGCCCAAGGCCUUCAACGGGUACUGUCAAGAAAUGGUUCCCGAUCGAUUACUCAAGAAUGGAGGUUUUUGAACAUGUCCUUGGCGUCAAUGAAGCCGGAUUUCGUCGUUGCCAAUGAUGGUACCGGAACAUUCAGAACAAUCACGGAAGCCAUUAACGCUGUUCCUGAUCGUAGUUCAAUGCGCACCGUAAUAUAUAUAAAAGCAGGAAAAUACGAAGAGCAGAACCUAGAAGUAGGAUCCCAGAAGACAAAUGUGGUAAUGAUCGGAGAUGGGAUCAAUCGGACAAUCAUUACCGGCGGCAAGAGCGUAAAAGGCGAUCAUAUAUCGACAUACCACACAGCUUCGUUUGCUGCCACCGGUGAUGGCUUCAUGGCAAUGAAUAUUACCUUUGAGAAUUGGGCAGGCCCGCUCAAGGAACAGGCCGUAGCAGUGAGGGUUAGUUCAGAUCGAGCCAUUUUCUACCGCUGCAGUUUCUGGGGAUUUCAGGAUACGCUCUACGUGUACUCUAAACAUCAAUUUUUUCGGGAAUGCGACAUUUAUGGAACCAUCGAUUUCAUUUUCGGCGACUCAACGGUUGUGAUACAAAGCUCUAGAAUCUAUGCUCGUAAGCCAUUGCCUGGACAGUGGAACGCUAUUACAGCACAAAACAGGAAAAAUUCAACUGAUAGCACAGGAAUAGUCAUCCAUAAUUCUCAGAUUCUACCUGCGCCAGAACUUAAGCCGUUUAAGAACAUUUUUCAGACCUACUUGGGACGUCCAUGGGCUAAUUACUCCCAAGUGGUUUACAUGGGUUGUUUCAUUGAAGAUCAUAUUAGUCCCCAGGGGUGGAUACCAUGGAGUGGUAAGAUAAAUGAUACUGUUCCCGAUACUAUAUUUUAUGCUGAGUUCAAUAAUUCUGGUCCUGGUGGCUUAGUAGAUCCCCGCGUGAACUGGACGGGUUACCACAGGAUUACUACUAUAGAAGAAUCCCAGAAGUUUACUUCCAGUCAAUUCAUCUUAGGAUCAGAGUGGUUACCUGCUAGUGGAGUACCUUUUACUCCAGGUUUAUCAGAUUGA